UCUCUAGUGAAAAAAAUGUAGUAAAAAAGUAAUAAUAUUUAUAUACUACAUACUUUUCUCAAAGAUAACACUAAAUGUAGGCAGAAUUGUGUGUGUGUGAAUUUAGCGCCACGCAGGAUACUUAUAGGAACCAGAAGGUAGAGUUUAAAUAAAGCACCAAGCUAAAAUGCCGUCUACACACCUGAACCUGCGCGAGGACGACGUGGUGCGGCUUGCGCUGGAGUUCCUCCACAACAGGGACCUGCACAUCACCCAGCUCUCCCUGGAGCGCGAGACCGGCGUCAUCAACGGCAACUUCGCGGACGACGUGCUCUUCCUCAGACAACUAAUCCUCGACGGCCAGUGGGACGACGUACUCGAGUUCAUUCAACCCCUAAGCGCUCUAAAAGCUUUCGAAGCGGACAAAUUCAAUUACGCUAUCCUCAGACAUAAAUACAUAGAACUCCUCUGCAUACGAUCAGAAAUAAAAGCCUACAACAAUGUCGAAAACAUUGUCGACGAGGUCGUCAAAGUGCUAAGCGAUUUAGAAAAAUUAGCGCCCUCUAAAGAAGAAUACUCAAAUUUAUGUUUACUAUUAACUUUACCUAGCAUUACUGAUCACGCACAAUUUAAGAAAUGGAAUCCGAGCAACGCUCGCGUCCAGUGCUUCCGCGAGGUUUAUCCUCUAGUAGAACAAUUUUUGCCGUGCGACAAGAAGUCUAGCGGCACGGUAUCUAAGUGCGCAAAGAACGAUCGACUCAUGCAACUUCUUAUUAAAGGUAUAUUGUACGAGUCCUGCGUUAAUUAUUGUCAGGCUAAGGCUACAGGGUCUAAGGAGGCGCAGUCGAACGAGGUAAACUUUUCCAGAUUACUGGACGGUUCGGGAUUCGACGAGUCUGAUUUGAGUUUGCUUUCAUGGCUGCAGUCGAUACCGGCGGAAACGUUCAGCGUGCCUUUCGAACAACGAAUGCUGAAUGUUGAUGUGGAGAAAUUGGAGCGUCCGUCGCUGCAUACGUCGUGGACGGAGCAUAUGUUAGUGACACCGAUUAAGCCUCGAACGUUCCCGCAUUUGGCGAUGCCGUUUAGGAGGCCGCGCUCGGCCGCCGACGCCAUGACGCGCUCGCUGCGCCCGCUGCCCGACGGUGCGCCGCGCCACCCGGCCGUUAUGGCCCUGUCCGCUAUCGACUACGGCCCGUCUUCGUCGUGUUUCGCCGGCUUUCAUCUGACAGGAAUAAAAGGCAGCAAACUGAUGAACACUUCCGUCGAUCGGUUGUUCGACAAUAAUAAUGGUGGUAGCAUUUUCGACAAUUUGGAUGAUACGUUAAAACCGAUCGAGGAGAAAUUAAAGCCGAUCGGAGAGGGAAAAACGAAUGAAGGGAAUAGCGUGGGUGCUUCAAACGCGACGACGCCUGAGCACAGAGGGCAGGAUUACUCGGCCUCGACGUCUAUAUCUACCACCGCGGCGUCGACUGAACGCUCGUCUUUGGCAGAGCGGACGCCGCAGCAGCCCGAGUCGGCGCUGUUGCCUGCGAUGGAGGGAGACUUUAGACGAGAACUGCUCAAAGAAUACCAGAUUCAGAAGCAACGGGAAUGCGACGAUUAUAUCCGAAAUCUUUGCUCAGCAGACGCGAGACAAAAAGGUAUGGAGCAUGGCGAUUCUCCAGGCCAGCCACCCGGAGCGACGUACCCGCCGGGCGGGCCCGCCAUGACGGACCAGCAAUACAUGAGGAAAAAUGACAACGACGAGUCAGAUGUAAGAGAACAGACAAACGCACAAAACCGAAAUGGCAGCCACGGUCUACCCAUGUCGGCGGGCAACAUGGUCGGUGCCGAAGUGAAUGGCUCCCGGCCUACAUUCAAGCCCGUGACAGUGCUUGAAGACCUACAGGCAGUGCGGUGCGCCGAGUUCCAUCCCAACGGGAAACUGUACGCCGUCGGCUCCAACACCAAAACUCUCAGGAUAUGCACUUACCCGAAGAUAGAUGAUGUCAAGGACAACAGCGCACCGUCUGCUCCGACAGUGCUGCUCAAGCGCACCAAACAUCACAAGGGCAGCAUCUACUGCCUGGCUUGGAGCCCGGCGGGAGACCUCCUCGCGACCGGCUCCAACGACAAGACCGUCAAGCUGAUGCGGUUCAACAGCCACACCUGCAACCUGGAAGGCCAAGAGGUGGAGUUAACGAUGCACGACGGCACAGUAAGAGACGUGUGCUUCAUAGAGGACACGACCAACAAAACCAGUCUGCUGGUGAGCGGCGGUGCCGGCGACUGCAAGAUCUACGUCACCGACUGCGCCACUGGCAAGACUUUCCAGGCACUAAGCGGUCACUCCGGGCACGUGUUGGCUUUGUACAACUGGGGAGGAGCGAUGUUCGUGUCUGGCAGCCAGGACAAGUCGGUCCGCUUCUGGGACCUGCGGACGGGGGGCUGCGUUAACGUCAUUUCGCCGCCCGUCGGCAGUGCUACCAAGGGUGCAGCCGUGGCGUCGCUGGCGGUGGACCCGUCCGGGCGGCUUCUCGUGUGCGGGCACGACGACGGCUCGUGCGCGCUGCACGACGUGCGCGGCUCGCGCGCGCUGCAGCGGUUCACGCCACACUCGGGCGACGUACGCAGCGUGCGCUUCUCGCCCGGCGCGUAUUAUCUACUCACAGCUGGCUACGACACCAGAGUGGUGCUCACAGAUCUUCAGGGCGAUUUAACCUGCGCCUUGCCGAGCGUCCCAGUGGCGCGGCACCCUGACAAGGUGAUCUCCGCCAGAUGGCACCCGGACGACUUCUCGUUCCUUUCGACUUCUGCAGACAAGACCGCCGUGCUGUGGACUAUACCGCCGGUCUAACCUCUUCAGGUAUCCGGGUCGUACUAACACUGAAAAAGGCGCUUACCUGACUUGACGAUGCGGAACCGGCAAACUGGUUGGUAUAGAAGCGGGGAUGGGCCUCACACACCGAUCAGCAAAAUUUACUGCGUACUGUUUCGAUUCCGCACUGCCAAAUCAAGAAAGGGCCUAAAUUUGACUCUCCUGAGUUAGCACAACUAGUCAUCGUGUCGUGACAUCAAGUUUCAUAAUUUAUCAUUGCGGGUCGAACUUGCAGUGUUGUGCUUGCCUCAUCGAUCCCAAAAUUUAAGGACACUAUUUACGGUUGUGAAUUAUUAUGGCAUAUAAGCGCUCCUGCCGUCUUUUUGGUCUGGCGAAAUUGUUGAUAUUUCAUGUCCUCAUAUUUCGGGAAUGGGAAAGACAAAUUAGAAAUGUAAUCAUGAAGCAAAAAGGAAUACGGGGAGACCAAGGAGAGCGUAUUUUCGCUUUCCGUAACAAAAAACAUCACGACGACUGCAUAAGGUAUCUUUUGACAUGGAAACCCAUAAAUGAUGGUUACUAAGGCUUCAGUCAAGUACGGCCAAUCAAAAGAAGGGCCAAGCUCUUUAUAAUGUAUUAUAUUCUGUUUUAUUAUAAUUUCAAUUUCACGUGUAACGUCCUGUAAUAUAAUAAAGGCAAUGCUAAAUUAUAUAUAUGUUCUGUAAAUAAAUUACGUUUAAAAUUUUAUACAAAAGAUUUUACGAAGGGUGUCUCGGGAAUUCAAUUUGUGAUCGAUUUUUCGUAACUGGCGGGAGCUCUGCCGCCUAAGCCUACGCGUAUAAGAUUUUUCAUACCUUUUGAAGUCUAUUUCAUAAAAUUUAUUUUUAUACUACAGUGAUAAACGCUGCCAGAUAAACGUGGAAUGUCAGUUUUAUGAAUUGGUACGAGAUGUAAAGUUCCCACCCACGAUCAAUUAUCACAGUUUUGACUGUCAGUUAUAAUUGUGAGACUUAGUAAGAAAAAAUGACAUGUUACAUCUUUACAAUUUCAUUGUGAAAACACGAAAACUCUGUUAUUCAAAACUGAUCCAGAUGGCCAGUAUAAAUACUCCUGGUGAUACAGUGCAUCCAGUUAUUUGAAACUUUACUUACGGUUCGGUUUCUGAAGUAACGAUAGAGGAGGGGAUUGUUCACUACCGUUUACUGAUACUACAGCGCAACAUUUAAUGGCUCCUCUACACGAUGGCCCAGCGCUGGACCAACGAGAUGGCCAUGCGAUGGUUGAAAACACGCACUAUGGAAUGGGCCACGUAUAGAUGCGUACGCACCAUCGCUGGCCCACUACCUUUGAUGUGCGGACGAAAAACCGACAUCGCCAUCCCGCCGCGCCAUAAGCCAUCUGACACCACUACCCUCUUAGUCGUACACGCUGGCCCAUCUUAGUGGGCCAGUAUGAUGGCCCAGCAUUUUACAUAUGUAGUUAAAAAUGGAUCUAAAAUAAAUUUUUCGAUUUCUCUGCAAUGAUAUCUAGUUUGUUUAUAGUAUUUAUAACUAUUCCAUUAUUUUACUGUCCAGUGAUUAACCUUAUGUGGAUUGGAAUUUUUUUCUUAUUUUGAAGAAUAACAAAGGAAUUUGUUAGCAGAAACACAUCUUUAAAAUUAUCAACCCUAUGUUGGUUUCUUUCCGUACUGUACAGUGUAUUAUUUAUACGAAAUGUGUAAACAUUUAUACUGACAAUUACAUGACUUAAAAUUUAAAAUUAUACUAAUCGACCGAUAUUAUUAACCGACGAGCCCGAUUACGGCCAAAGUUAAACUUGACAUGUUAGCAGGUUGAAAUAAUAUUCAGUGUAAAAAAGGUGCAAGUAUGUGUUAUAUUUUCUUUUACCACAAUACAUAUUAAGUAAUGUAAAUUCACGUAUUUUGUUUGCUGUUUGGGGUGUUGUUAUAAAUUUGAGACAAUGUGUCAUGGCGGGCCUAAGUAGUGUGGAAAUUAAUAAUAUAUAAUUUUAUUUCCUUAAAACAUAGUUUAACAGGAAAACAUGUAUAAAUGUUUUCUAGCUCCUCAUGGUAACAUUUUGUGUUGUUAAAUAUAAAUACGUAAGUUAAAGUGAUGUACGUAUAUUACUUGAGUUAAUACUUUUGUCUGUAGCUGUAUUUUCAUAAUAUAUGUUGCUGUAUGUAUUUGUAUGUGUAUACUUAACAUUUUAAUGUAAAAUUACACUUGAUGGCUUCUUGUAAUAUUGUUUACCACAAAUACGUAAAUAGGCCAAAAAAUGGUAACUGAUUUUUUGAUGAGAAUUAUCUAGAAUAAGUCCGUUGAGAGUUUAGAGGUAUAAUGGGAUUGGCAACUGUCAAAGGUUUGCAUAGAUGGCGCCAUAAUAGCUUGCCUCUUUCUCUCGUUUUAUUCUAUGAGAUUUGGCUUAAAGGGCUGGCAUCCAGGGCAUACAAUUCCAUUAAGAAACAAUAAUUUGACACAAUUCUAGGAAUUGACAGGGCAAGGUAUGCUGGCGCCAUCUGCUAAAUACUUCGACCGGCCAACCCCAUUGAACUGUAUAUUUAACAAAAUCAACGCAUUGUAACCAUAUUGUAAGUCAUAUAAUAUGACUUUAUAGGUCUAACCCAGGGGUCGGCAAACCGCAGCCCGCGAGCCGCAUGCUGCUCUUUAAAGGUUGCAGCUCAUUAAGCAACACAAAAAAUAACACUUGAGAGUUCUUAAACCACUGAAAACAACACUUGCGGCUCUUUGAACUACGUAUUAUUGGUGUUUUGCUGUGUUUGGCUCUUUUUCAAAAAAUGUUGCCGACCCCUGGUCUAACCAUUUCUAAAAAGAAAGACUGCUCACUUGUCUAAUACGUGGGAAUAAAUUUACUUGUUAGGUUCCAUUUUAAAUCUUUGAUAAUGUGAUGUGUUGUGAUGUGCUGUAAAAUGCUUCUAGCUUUAUUUCUUUUUAUAGAUGUUAAAGACAAAAGCUUUAAACGCAAAAAAAAAAACUUUAUUUUUUAUAUACGUAAGUAUAUAUGGACCUUGCGUAGUGAUUAUCUUGUCACAAAUAGGAAUAUCGACAUAAUUCGCUUUUUAUUUUAUGUAUUUUUAAAUUGUGUUUGACUAUACGAUUUUGUAAAUUAAAUCUCAUUUUUGAAACGAUUUGUAACUAAAAAAAAUACAUUAUAUUUUCUUAGUGAGAAAUUUAAGCUCGCCUUCUGGACUAAUACCAAACAGAAUUGUCACCACAAUUGGAAAAGUUAGGUCAGAUUUAAUCAAAAACAUUUCCAGUCUCAUUUUAUUAGCUUCCAGACUAAUAAAAAUUCAAUCCGUCAUGUAUUAUAUUAAAAAUUUUCCUGUUCAUCAAUUUUUGCCCUUACUUUCAUUGUUUGAAGGUUUAUUUUUCGUUCCCCUCGUCAAUGUCAUAAGUAUUUUACUUUAAUACGAGUCGUGUUGAGUACGUGCUGUACGGCGUGGUCGGGUUGUUUUUGCUGAUUUUGCUAUGAGUUCAAGCGACAGAUUUGCGGAUUAAAUGUUGAAAAGCUAGCAAGUAAUUUAAUUUCGUUAACCAUGAUAGGUAAGGUAUUCCAUUUAUAAAAAGAGCUUUUGGGGUAGGCAACUUAUCGUAGGUAUUGUUUACUGGUUAUCUUUGAACGUUCACUGCGGUAGGGGGUCGAGAGACCCCAUGCAAAGUAUGGUUGAUUGCGAGAGACUAAUUGCCGCAGCGAAGAUGUUAAUAUGCUUGAGUUUCGGCAUUCGGUCACUUUAUUUACAGUUAAUUUUGCUAGCGAACAUUGUAAAUAAUUGCGAGCUCUUGCCCACAACUGCAAAUUAAAUUGUAAGUACUUUAAAAGAAAUAAUUAAUGCGUCAUUUCUUUUCAUUAAAUCACGUUCAUUCCAGUAAAUUAUAAAUCAACUGUAGACAUCGCUUUAAAGCUAAAUGUUACGUGAAAUGCAAUUUUAAGUAACUAUUGACAUUCAGUUGCAAUACCUGCUUAUCUCGUAGGAUUGAUGAAGACGCGGCUUGUCAUGUCAUGCAGUAUGAAUGAACUCAGAUCCUGUGCUAAUAAUAAUAAGCCAAGCCGUAGCGUAGGUUAUGUUGCGGCCUUUCCAGAGUUACACACACAGGGAUCAUAGCACGUCGUACUGGUGGCAAGAGAGGCGCUAGGCCUAAGGACACCUAUAAUGUUAGUAAUUAAUUUUUAGUAAAGAAAUAAUUGUAUUGAUGACAAUCUUAAAGAUUAUAACAUUACUUAACUAAAUUAUUAAUAUAAUGUACUGCAAUCCAAUUGUAAACGACUGCACAAAUUUAAUAACUAAUAAUUAUAAUAUUUAAUUUUUCAUGUUGUGCUAGUUAAUUAUUUACGUCGAGCAAGUACUUAUAUUAAGUAGUGUUUGACAAAAGGAAGAUGAUAAAAAAACUUGUUUUAAUGAUUAUUUUAUUUGUGCUGAGUCACCCAUUAUUGCACAUAAUGUUAUUAUGUUUAUAGUAUAUUUAUAUAUUUUAUGAAUGACAAAUGUAUUGAUGAACAUUAAUUUUUACUGGAAAGAUAAUCGAUGCUUUAGUAUUUUUACUUACCCAAAUGUACGUUAUGUACGAGACUUAAGUUAACAGAAUUGACGAAAACGUUGUCAAACUGGAAUUCGUUAACAAAAUGUAUUCGUUAAUAAAUUAAGAAUAUAAUCACAUUAUUUACUUA